UGAAGUGGACGUCGAAGAAUUCGUUGCAGGGAGAUUUCAGGAUAUAACGUUGAUUUCUCAUACAAAAAAAAAGAGGAAAUUCAUAAUUUUUUACUGUAGUGGUAGAGCUCGGAUACAGCAUGGGUCAAAAUCAGCAAAUUCAGACACAGGAAGAAGAGCUGGAGUUGAACAACAUCCAGGACCUGUACAAGUCCUUCAUCAUGGAGUGCCCGAGUGGAUCGUUGUACCUGCACGAGUUCAAGAGGAUGUUCAGAGUACAGCAAGGCACGCCGGAAUCACAGUACAUGGACAACAUCUUCCGGGCAUUUGACAUGAAUCACGACAACACCAUGGAUUUUAUGGAGUACGUGGCCGCGCUGCAUCUUGUUCUGCGCGGGAAACUCGAAGACAAGCUGCGGUGGUGUUUCAAGGUGUUCGACGGCGAUGGCAACGGUCGUCUAGACAGAAGUGAACUGCAAAUGAUCGUAAAGAUAAUCUACAGGAUGAAGCAAGGCUCUGUGUUGGAUGAAACAGGAACCGAAAGCCUCACUGCCAAGCAGGUGUGCGAUCGUAUCCUUCAAGAGGUCGACGUGAACAGUGACGGUGAGAUUACGCUGGAGGAGUUUGUCCAGGGGGCUCAGGGCAGUCCGUGGCUGCAGAGCUUCCUUCGCCUCGGUGUCAAUCCUUGUGGAUGGGUCCAGAAGUGCUUGUGUGACAAGAAACUCAUGAGCACCAAGGAUUACUGAAGGAGCUCGGCGUAUUCGGACCAGAUUGCCAAAUGGAAAAGAACCUCAUUGUGAACUUUUUGGGGGGGAAAAACAGACAUAAACACUUUGACCUGCAGUGUGUGAAAGAAGACUCCUCUUGCUUCCACUGUGGUACAUUUAA